AUGAAAACAAAUGAACAAAUGACAAAACAAAUGGAUGUUAGUCCUUCUAAAGAUGAUAAAUCAAAUAAAAAAAAAGUACAUCUAAGAAAAGCAGCUGGAAUUGUUUGGAAAGAUCCAACAUUAGAUGAAUGGCCUGAAAAUGAUUUUCGAAUUUUUUGUGGAAAUUUGGGAAAUGAAGUAUCCAAUGACAUUUUGGCAAAUGCGUUUAGAAAGUAUAAAUCAUUUAAUAUGGCUAAAGUAAUAAGAGACAAAAGAAAUAAUAAAACAAAAGGAUAUGGAUUUGUAUCCUUAUCUGAUCCUCAAGAUAUGUUAGAUGCUUUAAAAACUAUGAAUAAUAAAUUUAUUGGAAAUAGACCAAUUACUGUUAAAAGAAGUAAAUGGAAAGAUAGAGAAAUUGAUUCCAAAAAAAAUAAAGAUUUUGACAAUUUUUUGAAAGAUGCUCACUUACCAGCAAAAAAAUAUAGAAAAUUCAAAAAGCACGUAAAAAAUGAUAAUAGUAAAGAUGUUCAUGAUAAACUAAUAAAUAAAAAUGCAGUAAAUUGA